CCAGUGAGGUGAAGCAUGAAGCGCAGCAAGCACAGAGGACACAAGCAGGACAAGAACGCAGAUGAACCAGCUGUCCUGGAGACCCAGAACCUGGAUCGCCAGGACAUGUUCAUGGGAGGACGCUUCGAGGCGGACGCUGUCUCGCUGGCCUCGGUCACCGCCGUCACCACUAACGUGUCCAACAAGAGGUCCAAACCUGACAUAAAGAUGGAGCCCAGUUCUGGACGGCCCGUAGAUUACCAAGUGAGUGUGACCGUGAUCGAGGCCCGGCAGCUGGUGGGUCUCAACAUGGACCCCAUGGUGUGUGUGGAGAUCGGAGAGGAUAAAAAGUACACUUCCAUGAAGGAAUCGACCAACUGUCCUUAUUACAAUGAGUAUUUUGUCUUCGACUUCCACGUCCCUCCAGAUGUCAUGUUUGACAAAAUCCUCAAGUUGUCUGUGAUCCACUCCAAAAACCUCCUGCGAAGCGGGACACUGGUGGGGACUUUCAAAAUGGACGUGGGCACCAUCUACUCCCAGCCAGAACAUCAGUUCAACCACAAAUGGGCUCUGCUGUCCGACCCUGACGACAUCACGGCCGGGUGCAAAGGCUACGUCAAGUGCGACGUCGCCGUGGUCGCCAAGGGAGACGCCGUCAAGACGCCGCACAAGGCGAACGAGUCGGACGAAGACGACGUGGAAGGCAACCUCUUGAUCCCGGAGGGGGUCCCGGCCGAGCGCCAGUGGGCCCGCUACUACCUGAAGGUCUACAGGGCCGAGGGUCUGCCCAGGAUGAACACCAGCAUCAUGGCCAACGUCAAGAAGGCCUUCAUAGGCGAGAACAAAGACCUGGUGGACCCUUAUGUCCAAGUGCAGUUUGCUGGGCAGAAGGGAAAGACGUCGGUUCAAAAGAGUUGCUACGAGCCCAUCUGGAACGAACAGAUCGUCUUCACCGAGAUGUUCCCGCCGCUCUGCAAACGCAUGAAGAUUCAAAUCCGAGACUCGGACAAAGUCAACGACGUUGCAAUAGGAACGCACUUCCUGGAUUUGAAGAAGAUUUCCAAUGACGGAGACAAAGGCUUCCUGCCCACGCUCGGUCCCGCCUGGGUGAACAUGUACGGCUCCACCCGCACCUACACCCUCAUGGACGAAUACCAGGAGCUGAACGAGGGCCUUGGCGAGGGUGUGUCCUUCAGGGCCCGCCUGCUCAUCAACCUGGGCGUGGAGAUCCUGGACCCGUCGUCGCCCGACACCUCCUGCUCCACCGAGGUGCAGCUGGAGGGCAUACCCAACAUCUCGGAGAAUGCAACUGGGAAGAUUGAGGAAUUCUUCCUCUUUGGAUCUUUCCUGGAGGCCACCAUGAUUGACAGGAAGAUUGGAGACAAGCCCAUCAACUUUGAAGUCACCAUAGGUUACUAUGGCGACGAGCUGGACGGGCCCAUCCAGCACAAAUCAGGAGGCAAGAAGAAGGCGGACGGCGAAGAGGAAACGGAACUGAUCCACGACUCCAGCGACGAGGAGAUGGACGACGAUGGCGACCUGACCUCUGUGGCGACCACGCCGCCCAUGAAGCCCGUCGUCACUGACCGAAACUACUUCCACCUGCCCUACUUUGAGCGCAAGCCGUGCGUUUACAUCAAGAGCUGGUGGCAGGACCAGAGGCGCAGGCUGUACAACGCCAACAUCAUCGACAACAUUGCGGACAAACUGGAGGAAGGUCUGAACGACGUGCACGAGAUCAUCAAGACGGAAAAGGCGUACCCCGAGCGCCGGCUGCGGGGCGUCUUGGAGGAUCUCAGCCACGGAUGCAGUCAGUUUCUUGUGCUGGCAAACACGGACCAGAACUUGUCAGGUAAAACCAAACUGGACAGGGAGCGACUCAAGCUGUGCAUGUGUGAAAUGGAAGCCGUGGCUCAGCAGGCCAAGGCCAUGAGGUCGCAGGUGAAGAAGAGCACAGUGAGAGAGAAAGUCAAACUGGCACAGAACUUUCUACACAAGCUGCGCUUCCUGGCCGACGAACCUCAACACAGUGUUCCUGAUGUUUUCAUAUGGAUGAUCAGCAACGGCAAGAGGAUGGCGUACGCACGAGUGGCGUCCAAAGACAUCUUGUACUCGGGCAUGGACGAGGAGCGAGGGAAGGACUGCGGCAAAGUGAAAACCAUCUUCCUCAGGAUCCCAGGUAAAAGAGGUUUUGGGCCUGCAGGCUGGACCGUGCAGUCCAAGAUCGAGAUUUACCUGUGGUUGGGACUCACCCGCCAACGCAAAGACUUCCUGUGUGGACUUCCCAACGGCUUCGAGGAAAAUAAACUGUCGAGAGGUCCUGGCUUAGCGUCCGCGCCGCCAAUCAGUCUCACGUACAUGAUGAAGCAGAUCUUCCAGCUGAGGGUGCACAUGUACCAAGCUCGCAGCCUCUUCGCUGCCGACAGCACCGGACUCUCUGAUCCUUUUGCACGGGUCUUCUUCUCCACGCAGAGCCAGGUCACUGAGGUGCUGCCCGAGACUCUGUGCCCCACCUGGGAUCAGCUGCUGCUCUUUGAGAACGUGGAGUUGUUCGGCGAGGCCACGGAGCUGAGAGACGACCCUCCCAUCAUCGUCAUCGAGCUCUACGACCAAGACACGGUGGGCAAAGCAGACUUCAUGGGCAGAACCUUCGCCAAGCCGGUGGUCAAGAUGGCCGAGGAGCCCUACGGCGCCCCCCGCUUUCCCCCCCAGCUGGAGUACUACCAGAUCUACCGAGGGAACGGCAUGGCGGGAGAGAUGCUGGCCGCCUUUGAGCUGCUGCAGAUCGGACCCAACGGCAAAGCCGACCUCCCCCCCAUAGACGGUCCUGCAGACGUGGACCACGGCCCGCUCCUUCCUGUUCCACUGGGAAUCCGACCGGUUCUCAGCAAGUACAGGAUCGAGGUCUUGUUCUGGGGUUUGCGGGACCUGAAGAGGGUCAACCUGGCUCAGGUGGACCGUCCCCGCGUGGACAUAGAAUGUGCCGGGAAGGGGGUCCAGUCCACCCUCAUCCCCAACUACAGGAAGAACCCCAACUUCAGCACCCUGGUCAAGAGCUUUGAAGUUGAUUUGCCCGAGAACGAGCUGCUCCACCCGCCGCUCAACAUCCGAGUGGUGGACUGCAGGGCCUUUGGCCGCUACACCCUGGUUGGCUCGCACGCCGUCACCAGCCUCAGGAAGUUCAUCUACCGACCCUCGGACAAGCAGGCCAACAACUGGGCCACCGCAGAGGAAAUCGUUGUGGUCAACAUGGAGCCCGAACCAACUUUUAAGAAGAUGGACACUGUGGUCCGAUUAGACUGUGGCUCCGACGCUGUCGUCAAAGUCGAGGAGGACGACAAAGACGCCAAAGGGAAAAAAAAGAAGAGGAAGAAGGGGGACGAGAUGGAAGACGAAGGAUUGGAUGAAAGCAUGCUGGACUGGUGGUCCAAAUAUUUUGCCUCCCUGGAGACUCUGACGGAGGCACUGAAGGCCCAAGAGGGGACGCUGUCGGAUACAGAAGACAAAGAAGACGUGGACCUGGCAGAUGGAGGAGACGUCAAACCUGAUGACUCUCCUGUGAAAGGCUCCAAGAGGGGCAAAGGCAAGAAGGACAGGAAGAAGGCGGCCAUGGAUCCCUUGGAGAAGAAAAAAGCCAAGCUGGAGGAGCUGAAGGUGUACCCCAAAGAGCUGGAGGGUGACUUUGACAACUUUGAGGACUGGCUGCACAGUUUCAACCUGUUCCGAGGGAAAGGCGGCGACGACGACGACCAAAACGGGACGGACGAAGACCGGAUUGUCGGGAAAUUCAAAGGCUCCAUGUGCAUGUACAAAGUGUCCGAGGACCAGCCCAGAGACUUGGACUCCAACAUGGGGAUGUUCCAGAACAUUCCCCACAACGAUCCCGUCAACGUCCUGGUGCGGGUUUACAUCAUCAGGGCCACUGACCUGCACCCUGCUGACAUCAACGGGAAAGCGGACCCGUACAUCGCCAUCAAGCUGGGGAACACGGAGGUGAAGGACAAAGAGAACUACAUCUCCAAGCAGCUCAACCCUUUGUUUGGAAAGUCUUUCGACAUGGAGGUCACCUUCCCUAUGGACUCCACUCUCACCGUGUCCAUCUACGACUGGGACCUGGUCGGCACCGACGACCUGAUCGGAGAGACCAAGCUGGACCUGGAGAACCGCUUCUACAGCAAACACAGACCCACGUGCGGCAUCACCCGCGGCUACGCCACCCAUGGUUACAACAUUUGGCGGGACCCCAUGAAGCCCACGCAGAUCCUGGCCAAGCUGUGCAAGGACGGAAAACUGGACGGGCCUCACUACGGACCGGGCGGCCGGGUCAAGGUGGAGAAUCGGGUGUUCAUGGCGCCCACAGAGCUGGAGGAUGAGAAUGGUCUGAAGAAGCAGACUAACGAGCACCUGGCGCUGACCGUGCUCAAGCACUGGGAGGAAAUCCCGCGGGUGGGCUGCAAACUGGUGCCGGAACACGUGGAGACCCGGCCGCUGCUGCACCCCGACAAAGCCGGCAUCGAACAGGGGAGGAUUGAGAUGUGGGUGGACAUGUUCCCCAAGGACAUGAUGGCACCUGGUCCGGCUCUCGACAUUUCACCCAGGAAACCCAAGAAGUUUGAGCUGAGGGUCAUCAUCUGGAACACGGACGAAGUGGUUUUGGAGGACGACGACAUCUUCACCGGGGAGAAAUCCAGCGACAUUUUUGUCAGAGGGUGGCUGAAAGGCCAGCAGGAGGACAAGCAGGACACGGACGUCCACUACCACUCCAUCACUGGCGAGGGCAACUUCAACUGGCGCUUCAUCUACCCCUUCGACUACCUGAUGGCGGAGGAGAAGAUCGUCAUCUCCAAGAAGGAGUCCAUGUUCGCUUGGGACGAGACCGAGUACAAGAUCCCGGCUCGCCUCAACCUGCAAGUGUGGGAUGCCGACCACUUUUCAGCCGACGACUUCUUAGGCGCCAUCGAGCUGGACCUGAACCGCUUCCCUCGCGGCGCCAAGACGGCCAAGCAGUGCACCAUGGAGAUGGUGAGCAACGAGGCCGACGUGCCCACCGUGUCCAUCUUCAAGCAGAAGAGGAUCAAAGGCUGGUGGCCCUUCGUGGCCAGGAACGAAGACGACGAGUUUGAACUCACGGGCAAAGUGGAGGCGGAGCUUCACCUUCUGACCGGGGAGGAAGCGGAGAAAAGCCCGGCCGGCGAUGGACGCAACGAGCCGGACCCUCUGGAGAAACCCAACCGCCCCGACAUCGCCCUGCUGUGGUUCCUCAUCCCGCUGAAGGCGGCCAAGCACCUGGUGUGCGACCAGUACAGGUGGCUGACCAUCAAGAUCGUCAGCGCGCUGCUGGUGUUGGCCAUCUUGGCUCUCUUCCUCUACAACAUGCCGGGCUACAUGGUGAAGAAGAUGCUGGGAGCCUGAACUUUUGAUGACAUCUUUGUUUACUCGCUGUGAUCAGUACACGUUUGUUGGAGUGACUUUACUGCACCAUCACUUUCACUUUUUAUGGCUUCAUUGGCAGCGUAUGAUAUUUCACAUUUAGGAAUAAAUCCACU